CUGCGUACGCGUAUCUUGGUCUCUGAGCGCCCGACCAUGAUUUCCCGAGGCUAUAGGAGCGUAUGGUCAGCCGCCCUCGCACGAAAUGCUCGGCGCGGAAGCCUUGCAGGCCUAGCCACGAUGGACAAAGGACAUGAUUAUAGACGCGAGGGUACAGUAAUUCCGCACCACGCGUCCCCUCCACGCGCGCUCUCUUCUAUCAGCUUUCCCACCUUCGCACUCACCCAUCCUGCAUUGCUCUCCAGGCCCAAGACCACCCUCCCCCCGGAUCAUUCAUGAUAACACCCAGCAAGGGGACGUAUAUAAGCAGGCUGGGUGGCAGCCCAUAGCUCCCCAAGGUCAAGGUCUCAUCCUCCGAUCUCCUACACCGGUCUACCAGCUAGCAGCCAUGUUCUUCAAGGUCUCCUCGCUCAUCGCGCUGGCUCUGGCCGGUAGCGCGCUUGCGACGCCGCUCGCCCGCUCGGAGGACCUCAAGGUCGAGCUGAGCGGCGCGGAGAGCGUGACGUCCAUCGACGACGUGAAGAUCACGGCGGCGGUGACCAACACGGGCUCUGAGGCGGUCAAGGUCCUCAAGUACGGUACCGUCCUCGACUCGCAGCUGCCGACGCGCUCGUUCCACGUGACUAAGGACGAUGCUGACGUCGCCUUCACGGGUAUCAAGAUGCAACUCUCCAUCCCCGACCUUACCGAUGAGGCCUUUGCCACCAUCCAGCCUGGCGAGACCGUCACCGCUGAGCACGCUGUCUCCGCGCUCUUCGACUUCGAGUCCGCCGGCGAGGGCGCCUACACCUUCGAGCCGGUCACCACCUUCAUGGUCGCCAGCGGCGACAGCCUCGCGCCCGCCUCCGACAUGCUCAAGACCAAGGUCGCCGCCAACGGCCUGACCAUCACCAUCACCGGCGACCUCGCGAAGCGCUCCAUGGCCGUCGAGAAGCGCGCGCGCAACAUCUGCACCAACUCCUCCUACUCCUCCUUCAUCAACUCCGCGUACUCGGAGGGCAAGUCGCUCGCCUCGACCGCCGCGUCGUACAUCGCGUCCGCCGGCGCGAGCGACUCCCUCUACCGCGCGUACUACGGCAGCACGAGCACGUCGAGCGUGCGCAGCGUGUUCACGAAUGUGGCGAACGAGAACUCGAGCUCGCGCACCUUGUCGUGCACGGACACGUAUGGCGCGUGCACGAGCGGCGUGAUCGCGUACACGGUCAUCGCCACCACGAACGUCUACUUCUGCCCGAUCUUCUUCCAGGAGGUGCCCUCGACCUACCUCUGCACCGGCCAGACCUCCGUCGCGUCCCGCAACGUCCGCGGCGGCACCGUCCUGCACGAGCUGACGCAUGCUACCUCUGGCACUGACGACAUUACCUACGGCUGCUCCGCCGACCAGGCUCUGUCCGACGCCAACUCGUACGCCAACGCUGACAACUACAACUGCUUCUCGACCCAAGUCUACGCCAACCAGUGCUAGAUGGCUGGCUCAAAAGGCCAGGCGCGCGGCUUGCAAUCCUAGGCAGCUAGAG